GGCAAUGGCUUCAGACAUUUCUGAAUCCGGAGGUGCCGACUGCCGAGGAGACCCCAGAAACAACGCCAAGCCCGACGGCGAUUACCCACUGCGCGUCCUGUACUGUGGAGUCUGUUCGCUACCAACAGAGUACUGUGAGUACAUGCCUGAUGUGGCCAAAUGCAGACAGUGGUUGGAGAAGAAUUUCCCAAAUGAAUUCGCAAAGCUCACCGUAGAAAAUUCACCCAAACAAGAAGCUGGGAUCACUGAGGGUCAAGGCACUGCGGGGGAGGAAGAGGAGAAGAAAAAGCAGAAGAGAGGUGGAAGAGGUCAGAUAAAACAGAAGAAGAAGACAGCACCGCAGAGGGUGGCGAUAGCCAAGAUCCCCCGGGCGAAGAAGAAGUACGUGACCAGAGUAUGCGGCCUCGCGACCUUCGACAUUGACCUUAAAGAAGCACAGAGGUUUUUUGCGCAGAAGUUCUCCUGUGGCGCCUCUGUCACGGGGGAGGAUGAGAUCAUCAUCCAGGGGGACUUCACCGACGACAUCAUCGACGUCAUCCAGGAGAAGUGGCCGGAGGUGGAUGAUGACAGUAUCGAAGAUCUUGGGGAAGUGAAGAAGUGACUUGUGAAAGCUUGUCUAUAUUUAAUGAUCUGAACUGAGAACUGAUAUGGCCAAAGGGAGAGAGGCCUUUUAAAAUAUAUGUAUUUAUCCUACAGUCAGACUGUAGACUGCCUUCGUUGCCAGCGUUUUCACUGUUCUGUACACGGCUGCUCGUUUUUUUAUUGCCAAAGUCUAAUGAUCAAGGGAGACUGUCAUGCUUAUGCAUGAAAUAGAGUUAGUCCAAUAAAAAAUUUUGGUCAUUUGGUACUGAC